CGCGAGAACUGUGCCUCUAGGUUGGCCUUGUUGAUGAAGCGUAAACACACGGAAACAACAAAAGAAGGUUUUCGAUGUUUUGGCAUGACGAAGCUGUAAAGUUUAAUCUUCCCCUUUUCACACGGAAUAGGUUGUUUCGAAGCGUGCGGCUGUGUGAUCAGACGACAUCUAGGGUUUGUUUUGUUUUUUGGGGGAGAAAAGGAGUUAUUUAGGAAGAUAGCUGAACACCCUGUUGUGUUUCAGGAUGGUGUGUGUGUGGUGUGUGGAGGGUCGGUUGAGGACAUUGACCUUUGCCCUCUGCUCCAUGCUGACCUUUUCCCCAGGUCACGCGUACAUCUACAUUGUGAGUGAUCAUCUCAAUAAUAUGAGCUCCCUGCUGUUAGAGGACUGGCCGGCUCUGUUCGGUUCUCCUCUGCCUCCAGACGGACUGAUGGGUGUUCUGGUGGAGUCUCGUCCUCUGAAUGCCUGCACUCCUAUAGAGCCUCCUCCGGUUCUUCCCACUUCCUCAGAUCCCAACAGCACCGUGGGAUUCAUCGUUCUGAUCCGUCGCUACGACUGCAACUUCGACAUCAAGGUGCUGCACGCUCAGCAGGCUGGAUACAGCGCUGCCAUCGUCCACAAUGUUUACUCUGACACCCUGCUGAGCAUGAACUACAGCAACGAAACGAUAGCCGAUGAGAUCGAGAUCCCGUCCGUGUUCACCAGCUACUACGCCUCCAAGAUUCUCCGCAGUUCCAUCAGUCCUGACCAGAGGGUCUACGUCUUCCUGAAGCCUGAUUUCUCCUUCCCCAUCACCUUCUACCUCAUCCCCUUCACCGGGAUCGUGGGGCUGAUCAUCAUCAUCAUGGUGGUUAUACUGGUGGUGCGCUGUGUGCAGUACAGGAAGAGACUGAGGAAGAACAGACUGACAAAAGAGCAGCUGAAGAAAAUCCCCAUUCACAAGUUCACUAAAGGUGAUGCGUAUGAUGUAUGUGCAAUCUGUUUGGAUGAAUAUGAAGAGGGGGAUAAGCUACGGGUGCUGCCAUGUUCACAUGCUUAUCACAGCAAGUGUGUGGACCCGUGGCUCACACAGACCAAGAAAACAUGUCCCGUGUGCAAGCAGCGAGUGACGCGCACCAACCCUGAGUACUCUGACUCUUCUGACUCUGAAGAGGAGGCAGGGCCUCGCACAGGUGAUGACGGAGAAGGCGGAGCUUCAGUUGAGGAGCAGUCGGAGCGCACACCUUUGCUCCACCCGUCUCCUCCGUCCUCGGGCACCUACGAGGCCACGGUUGCCACGGUGACGACCUCAGCACAGUGCCUGCCUCAGCGUGACUCACCAUUGCUAGGAUACGACGGUUACUACUCCCCCAUCGAAGGUUCUGAGGAGGACACGGAGGACACGGAGGAUGACGAUGAAGACGACGACACGGCGCAGCUGAUCGGGCGUGGAGCCGUGAGAGUGUGAGAGCAAAGCAUCAUGGGAAGGAAGGAGAUUUAAAAACACAAGCUCAUCAGGCUUUCUUCUUUUGUUGUUCUUUUUAUUUUUAAACCUAGUGUUUGGGCUAGUUGGUAUACCGUGAUGUUACAGCUAUGUAAAAGCUGUAGAUUUUGAAUCUAGGAUGUGAACCAGCGCCCCCUGGAGGUGAGACGCCCCUCAGGACCCGCUGCUACAGCUGGAUGGAGCGUGGAGAGAAGGUUUUAGAAAGAACAGCAGGGUUUUGUGACAGUUUUUAAGAUUGUAACGUGUGUACACGGCCAUUAUUGUGCAAUAAGGACCUGACGCCAGUGUGUUUUAAUGUGUGUGUUUGUUUUUUUGGGUUUUUUUUAAAGUAACGUCACUAGGAACAUUCCGGAAAAUUCGCUGUGUCUAAUCAGGCUGCAUGAUAUGGACAAAAACAAACAAACAACACGUGACUAGAUUAAUGUGUAAUUAAUGACUGACCUCUGCCUUUAAAUCUGACGAACCUGGACACACUCACUGAUCUGCAGCAGUUCAUUGGACCAAAAUCAUUUCUGUGGGUUUUAUUGAUCAGACUGUCUGAUAUUGUGUGCAGAAUCGUGCAACCCUGCUGAUUUUUAAUUUCUCUUAAUUCCCUUUAUCAUUGCCUACACACACACACAGAACACAUACAUGUGCAAUAACACUAUGCGUGUAAUUAACACUGAUUGUAUAUAUAUCAUGCUUCUCUUUAUCACGUUUACGACUCGACUAUAAAAAUGUUCACUUUCA